AUGUCUAAGGUGAAGGACGAUAGGAAGGAUUUGUUCGAGUCUGCGGUCUCGUUCUUGGGUGAUGCUAGUGUCAAGGAAGCUCCCUUGACAAAGAAGAUAGAGUUUCUUCAAUCGAAGGGUUUGACCCAGGAAGAGGUGGAACUGGCACUGAGGGAGGCCCAGGAGAAGUCUGGUGGCAAGCGUACUGGCACCACCUACCGGGAACUCAGCGGAGCCAGGCAUGACGAGUCAGUUUACGAGGCGAUGCCACCACCUAUCCCCCGACGUGACUGGAAGGACUAUUUCGUAAUGGCAACUGCGACGGCUGGAUUGCUCUAUGGCGUGUAUGAGAUAACGAGGAGAUAUGUGAUACCCAAUUUGCUGCCUGACUCGAAGAGCAAGUUGGAACAGGACAAGGAAGAAAUACAGAGCUACUUCGACAAGGUGGAUAAAGUUCUAAAUGCGAUCGAGGAAGAGCAGGAAAAGGCGAGGGCCAGGGACGAUGAGAAGCUAGAGGAAUUAGAGGCCACUAUCUACCAACUGCAGACCUGCCUGGAGAAAACGGCCAAGACGAGGGACAAAAUGGAGGACGAAUUCAAAAUGCUCAAGUUAGAAAUCAUGAACCUUCAGAGCACCAUUGACAAGCAUAUACUGAACAAGGAAAACGUCAGGGAACUGGAGAAGGUGAAUAAUGAGUUGAGCUCCUUGAAGAACUUGAUAAAUUCAACUAUGUCAGACAACGCAAACGAUGAGCAUGGUCGCGGCCACAAGUCUCCCCUGUCGAAAAACGCCAUUCCAGGCGCUGAUACGAUCCCAUCAGCUGCAGAUAUAUUGACGAAACUAAACUUGGACAAGAAGGAAGGCACCCCGGCGUGGAAGAAAGCCAGGGACGAGUCCCUUGGUUCUGCCGGGAGUUCCAUCCCCGAAUGGCAGAAAAGCUCUCUGAAUGAGGUGAACAUACCAAACUGGCAAAAUACUCUGGAAAGAGCCGAAUUGGAGGAAGACAACGAGAACAGCGAGCCAAACUGA